AAUUAUACGUUUCUUAUAUCAGAUAUUUAUUUCAAACAGAAAAUGUUGCAUUUUUUUGUUAAAUUGCUGGUUUGUAUUGUUAUCCUGAGGCCAACCAACUCUAUGGUUAAAAAUGAUGUUAACUCUUUUCGAACGAGCAAUUUAAACACUGUUCUACUUAACUGCGCAAAUGAUAAUAAAGAAUGGCCUUGCGAACCUCAAUUACUGAUAACUAUUAACUUUAUACCCAAUUUAAAUGUGGAAGCUCACGAUAACCUUCUUAUAUUGGAUAAGGCCUACGAGCCUACUAAACGUAAAAAUUUAAAAAUAAUAUCCCCUUACAUAAUUAUAGUUAGCAGAAGCGAGCCAAUAAUUGUGCACCCACUACUGAAACCAAAAUGGACGAGUUUUAAUAAUUAUAGUGUUCUGCACAAUCAGGCAGAGAAAUAUUUAACUAAGCUGGAUCACAUUUCUAUUCAAAAUAUGAGCAUUUGUAGAAGAAAUCCAGGCUCUCAGUUUACAAGUCCGGAAGAAGGUAAUUCACGCCAAUUCUCGCAUAUCAGUGCACAAAAGAAUAAAAACGAUAUGAUUGACAGGAAGAUAGUCCAAGUAAUAUGUGAUAAUUUUAAUAAAGGAAAACUGACAAAUACAAUAUUAUCUGAAAUUCCAAAAAAGUGUUAUCCACGUGCGUCAUCCGUUUAUAAGUUAAGCGUUCCGUUUCCAUACCUCGCGGCCAAAAUACGGGUGUUCAAAAAGAGGAAGAGAACGUGGUGGAUGAUAAUGCCAUCUAUCAGAUUAAAUAACAUGUCUGGAACAUAUGUCAAUGGAAAUGUGUCAGUACUCUUAACAUCACAUGAAGACAUUUUGGAGACAAGAAGGUCAUUAUUUUUAGGAAAUCAUACAUUUUCGAUCCCAAUAAGCUUUUUAAAUAAUUCAAAAACCCUUGAUAUUGAAAACGAGACAGCAAAUAUUAAAAAAAAUGUUAAGAACGGAACAGGAAAGAUGUCGAAAGCAAGGUUGAUUCCAACCUCAAAUAAUUUGCUAGCAAAAUGUCCAACCAAUAACAAAACAUUGUGCUUAAAUAUAGUAGAUGACAAAGUGCCAGGGUUUAGCAUUAAAAUUAAAAUGCCAUUUAGAGAGAACGCAGCACAGCAAAAUGCUUUAAAAGUUAAGGUGUCUAGAAUUGUAACUGAUGCCACGACUAAGGAUGCACUUCAAAUUUCUGUCGAUGUUAUAAAUAAAGGCUUGGAAGCGCAAGAUUAUUUAAUAAGCAUUUCUAGCUGCCCAUUAUCAGAAAGAGAAUCGGCUAUAUCGACUGUAAAGAAAAUGCUUCUUCCCUAUAUAUCUGAAACUAUAACUUUUUUGUUGCCUUUUAUAAUGGGAUCAAAGAAAAAUUUCAAAUUUAAUUGCGAACUAGCUGUUAAGGCAGUUGUUAUAAAGACAACAACAGAAAUUAAAGCGAAUAAAUCGAGUACGUCGGAAUCAAAUAUAUUUGUUGUAUCCAGAAGACUUUUUGAAAUAGAAACUCACUCAAGAUGUUUUUGUAUAUGGAAUUGUCGUUGUCAUUGUAUUGGAAAAAUAGAAACUCAUAUAGAUGUCAGCGUUUGUCAGAAGAUGAGUUAUGCGACAGAAAAGGAUGCUGGAUUACUUUUGAACUGUCCACCCAGUGAAGAUUCUUAUGACUUUUGUUUAAUGGAUACAGUUAAUGAAAACAAAGAUAUUUCUACGGCAUUUGGUUUUCUUUGCAAAAUUGUUGGAAUAAUUAUAAUUUUAUCGAUAAUAAUGUUACUGUUUCUUUUGUUUUGUUGCAAGUGUUUUACACCAAGAGAAGAAGAUCUUAUUGUUGCGAGUGCAGAAUGGUUUUGUUACCCUGAAAGCAAUUUUGAAAGUCACACAAAUGAACACGGUAUGUCGAAUGACUCAUUAUCACCAGUGUGUACAGAAUCAGAAAAUCCCUCACGGAGAGAGCUACAUAAAAAUAUUAAUCAAUUUGAUUUAUUAGAGUCCGCUUUAGUUACGCUCACGCGACAACAGCAAGAGAUAAGAAAUCAAUCCAUUAAGAAGGAAUAAAGAUACUUUACAGAAA